GUCUGAGUCUGCGUCAGUCUGAGCACUGCGUCCCAUCUCGGAAGUUCCAGAAUAUUUUGUUGAGAGAGCAAUGUCCCUAACAGAGAUUAUUAUGUGCUUGUUGGCACUGGUACAAGGGUCGCUGGGCAGCUCCUGGGACAUCGAGCUGCCCCAUCAAUUCACGGGACAAAGAGGGUCGUGUGUGGUGAUUCCCUGCAGGUACCGGUUCCCAAGCAACAUAACCCCCACCCAGUAUGUGGGAAUCUGGUUCAAGAACAUGAUAGCGGUCCACGGAAUGAUCCACAACAGCAGCAACACCCCUUCCCCCUCUGACAAGUACAAACUGGCCGGCAACCUGGAGAAUCAAGACUGUUCGCUGAUCGUCAACGACCUCCAGCGCUCUGACCUUGCUUCCUAUCAGUUCCGAAUUGACCUGGGCGGCCUUUCCAAGUACACCUACAGGAAUGGGGUCCGUUUACUGGUGACAGAGCCAAGGGAAAAACCGAGCAUCGCCCCCACCCAGGAUAUUGUCGCCGGAAAGCCCAUAAAUAUCAGCUGCACCUUCCGGACCAACUGCAACGGGACCCAGUCCAGACUGAGCUGGCAGCACAUCAAAGGUCUCAACGCUUUGGUCUCAGAGACCAAGACCCAGCGGAGGAACAGGAGCUGGGUGCUGACCAGGGUCCUGACCUUCACCCCGGCCCUCGGUCACCAGGGGAAGGUCCUUCGGUGCAGAGCCGAGUUUCUGAGCGACGGGACACAACAGAGCGUCCGUUUAGAAAUUCAGUACCCACCCAGAGCUCCGCUGAUCUCGCGCGGGGUGAACAGCUGGCUCACCGCCCGGGAGGGGAGAUCGGCAGCCCUGCGGUGCUCGGUGGAGAGUCGUCCGGCCUCCAACCUAACCUGGGUGCGAAACGGAGAAACCCUGAACAGCUCUGUCCACACCAACACGCUGUGGCUGCAGCUCUCUGACCUGACAUACCGGCACCAGGGAGAGUUCCGGUGUGUCGCCAGGAACAAACACGGCACCAACAGCACGUCACAAAUCAUCAGCAUCGAACAUUCCCCAAAGGAGACGGAGGUGAGGGUGGUCGGAGGGCAGCUUGCGAUUAGAGAGGGAGACAACGUCACCCUGAGCUGCUUCAGCAAAAGUAACCCACCGGUCGCCAACUACAGCUGGUUCCGGCUCGGCAGCAACAACUGGACCGAGGUCAUCACAAACAGCCCGUCCGUUAACCUGGGCCCGGUGACGCGGGACAACGAUACCUGGUUCUACUGCAGAGCGGAGAACGCGCUGGGCUCCAGCGACUCAAGCCCCCUGUUCAUCAGCGCUGAGUACGCAGCGGUGGCCGAGCGGCACUCCGGCUGCGCCGGGGGAGCGGAGGUCGAGUGCGUCUGCGUCGUCGGGGGCAACCCCCCGGCCAACAUCACCUGGGAGCUGGAAGGCGGGGUCGUCGGGGGCAGCCGGACGGGGUCGGGGGUCAGAGUGUCCGCAGAGGUCAGCGGCCACGCAGCCAGAAGCACCCUGACCGUGAAACGGGGCCCCGGAGAGUUUAACGCCGUGUGCGUCGGGAGCAACCGACACGGGGAGACACGUCUGAAGUUCCACUUAUGUGCGAAAGGUGUGUUGGAGCCAUUGUGGAUUGGACUGAUCGGAGGUCUGACUGGGGCAGUAAUCGCUGCUGCCCUCACUGCAUCCAUGUGCAGCCUGAUUAACGCUACGAGGAAGAAUAUGACGGGGUCACACCAGGGUCACGUGCCCACAGACAGAUGCCCGCCUGGAUCACAGAUAUCCGGGGGCGUCGCCUCAGAUGCUCACAUUUACCAGUGCCCGCAGGAAUGUUCCGGAAACGCGGGGCAGGCGCUGCUCUACUGCAGCAUCGACUAUUCCAAGCUGCCCGUGAGUGAAGGGGCCGUGCGGAGAUCUGAAACCACAGAGUACGCCAUCAUUAAGCAUCCACUGGACAAGUGACAGGCGUGACCGGACAUCCUGGCAUCGCUGCCAGCAACUCGACAGGCGUCUCGGUAACGAUAGGCGAGUUCUUUUUUCCGUCGGCAUGACAUUGCUCCCUCGAACAAAACCUCCCGGCCUCUCUCUCCUCCUUGAACCCCACAUCCUUGUCCGAGCUCUCACUCGCCUGUGCUAAUCCACGGCCAAGUUUGUCAUGCGCCCUUG